UGGACAGGAUGAGCCUCAGCCAGUAUCUUUCCUGACUUCCAACAUCGUUCUUCUCCUCUCUUGUACCUCACGCGCGAUGGCCAACGAUCAGAAGCUGCGCCUGUUCGCCUGGGGCAUCCUGCUCGUGCUGCUUCCUGCGGCGGCGAUGGGCGCCGAGGAGCCCCAGGCCUGCACCCAAAUGCGAGGCGAGUGCCGGCUGAAGACUCAGCAGCAGCGGCUAGGCGAGGACCUCUUCACGCAUCUUAAUGUGUCUUGCUAUUGCAAGCACGGGGAGGAUGUAUUCGAAGACCUGCAGGACCUGCUUUCGGUCAGAUGUUCCUGGUUGCCAUCAGAACCGCAUAUGAAGGUCAACAGCUCGACAAUCCAUGUUGUUGGAUGCAGUGUUAAGUCACAAAUGUUUCCUCUGGGGAUCCUGCAACUGGCACGUCGCACUGACAACUUAGAGAUCAUAGUAAAGGAUUCCCCAAAAUUACGAUUGGCUCCCGCGUCGACAGCUGAAAACACAGUGCCCAAAAUUUCUGCCAGUUUCGUUAAUAGCAACCUCAGCGGCCUCCCCGAAGGUUGGGUCACGGGCGGGAAGGAGGUCGAGCUCGUGAUGAAGGACUGCGAAGUGUCAAUCAUUGAGUCGCGAGCCCUGGCUGGGUACGACGAAGACGCCCAAGUUCAGGCCACGUUCGUUAAUACUGAUAUUUUGACCGUGCAGAUGGUGGCCUUUGUGCUUCCCAAGAACAGUUUCAUGAAGCUGGAAAACGGCCAGAUCCUGAACUGGAAACGCUCAGGAUACACCGGAGGCUCUGAGCUGCACCUGGAAAGAAUUCGCUUUGGAAAAGUCCUCACCAAUGCCUUCGACAUCGGCAGCCUUAGCGUCUUUACCAUGUCUGACUGCAAAGUGGCCGCCUUAUAUGACGAGGCUCUGGCCUACCAUGCCGCUUUGAAUAGAAGAGAAAAGGAGAACAAAAAAGCCGAUAUCACGAACAACAACUUCAUCCAGGCCAGUGGAACAGCUCUGUCGCGUCUCUGCAACUUCGAUAAACUUAACUUCCACAACAACACCUUUGCCAAUCUUAUAAAUCCUCCACUUCGGCUCUAUCGUCCAGGGUGUCAUCCUGAGCGACAGUGGGACGAGGUCGUCAGCAGGACAGGACUCAAUUGCACGAGAUGCGAAGACUUCCUCAACCCGGACACUCAGAGUUGUGCCAUCUACAAAAGCGCCCAGUGCAUAUCAUGUACAGAAUAUCUGGACGAUUGUAACAUCGAUGUAUUGCCCUAUCUUGUGCUGAACAAGUGUUCCAGUUCGCAUCCCACGUUGGUCGAGUCCCUGCAGAACACUUGUGACUUCCGAGCUGAAGUGGCCGCCCCUCAGGCAAGGUCUCUGGACUCGGGCACGACUAACACUGCACCCACAGCUCUGGCGAUAAUGGCUGGGCUAAUCCUGUCUGUGCUGGAGGGAAGGAAAGGCUACAGUGGUUAAAGAAUGUACACUGACAAUGCGGUUUGGCCGUAUUCGGAAAGAGCAACAGGGAUAUGUAAUUGCACACUUUCGAUUAAGUAAUUAAGUCUUUUUCUUUCAAUGGGAUACACGAAAAAACACAGUAUAAUUUCUCUGUGAGGAAGGGAACGAGUUAAGUUUCGCUAUACGGGACUAAGUCGUGUAGAUAAUGCACACGAAUAUAUAUUUCCCGGAUGAUUUAAAAGUGAAACCCAUCGUUCGAGGUGGAAGGUGCUUAACAUUGUUGAUUUCUUUCAAUGACUUCGGUUUCCAGCCCGAGCAACGUCGUCGUCACGGAAACCGCCGCACGCACGCAAAAAGCAGUUUGUCGUUUUGACUGUUUGAAGAAUCCAAUAAUUACGAUGUACAUUCAGACUAUUGGAUAUUUUAUCAUGUGUUCAAAAUAGAGUAACGACCAAUCAUUUCAUGAAUUGUAGACAUAUGUUUAUAUGAACGUAAGCAGAUAAACAUGCAUAUACGUACAUCUAUGCAUAUAUACUGACGUGCAUAUUAUACAUACAUACAUCUAAUUAUAUAUAACGUUUUGUGGCCAGUAACCAAGUACAAGGAAAGCUAAAGUAGUCAUGCAUUCGUGUGACUGAAAUCACUGCAUAUCUGGUAUUUAACAUUCACUUGGUGUUUGCAUAUGUGUGUAUAUCAUAUAUUGUUUGCAUAUCAUUAUAUUUAUAAUCUAUUAUCAUUAUCUUCAUUAUUAUUGUUAUUAUUAUUAUCAGCAUUGUUAUUAUUAUUACUA